UUCUAGUAGUUUCCUGCGUGUGACCGACCUCACGUCCUCAACGAGAAGUAGUGCUGCCGAGAAGCUGGGACUUCUGUCCUCUGCCGGGGUUUCUGGUGAAUCUCACAGCUGUAAUCAUGGUUUUCGAGAGGAAAAUGCUCACAUACGGCGACCCGGAAGACGAGGAGGAAGAUGAGCCUGCUGAGGAGGAAGAGGAGGAGGAGGAAGAAGAGGAGGAGGACAUGGUGGACCCUCUAGACACAGUACGAGAAAAGUGUGAGCAGACCGCACACUGUGUGCACACCAAGGAGCGUCUGGAGGCCUGUGAAGCCCGGGUUGGGUCCAGAUCCAGGACUGAUGAGGACUGCACAGAAGAACUGUUUGACUUCCUGCAUGCACGGGACCACUGUGUAGCACACAAGCUGUUCCACAACGUGAAAUGACCUGCCAGCCAGCUGUCACCACUUCCAGCUAUUUAACUGCUAAAAUUGUAAAAUAAUCAGGACAGUUAUGACGUUGUUCUCCUGUGUAUUAAUGUAAAUGAAUUUUCUUGGGUUUUUGGACUAAAUACAUGCCACCCUCUCUGUAUACAGUGCAUACUUGUGUAGAUAGGGUCAGAAGCAGUUUGUAAAAUGAGUCACUGCUUGUGUUGGUAAUGUGUGUAGCCAGGUAGCAAAGAAAGGGCUCGGUUUAUUCAGUGGUCAGUUCAUAUGCAAAAAAAAUAAUAAAAUCAAGUAUGACGCUCCAGCAACGGAGAAUUUACCUCAGGUUCAGUCAUGGAAUUACUAUCCUCUCUGAAAAAUAAAGAUUUUCUUUGCUUUCCA